UCCUUUCCGCCAAACAGGCUUAUUGCGCGCCAAACCCGAGACAACACGGACCGAGUGAACGAGGAGAAACAAGAGAAGAAAGAAGAAAGGAAGAGGGAAAACAGUGCUUUCUUCAACGAGUCUUCUUCGUGAAGCUCCCCUUUCUGCCGGCGGCACCCCCCUGUUGUUGAGGCUGUGGUAUGAGCCUAUGUGGCAGGAAGGCGCUGACUUUGGUGAGCAGCGUGUUCGCUGUUUGUGCCCUGGGCCUGUUGGGGAUCGCCGUGAGCACAGACUACUGGCUCCACCUGGAGGAGGGCGUCAUCCUUCCCCUCAACCAGAGCACCGAGGUACGCAUGUCCCUCCACUCUGGCCUCUGGAGGGUUUGCUUCUUGGCUGGUGAGGAGAAAGGCCGGUGUUUUACCAUCGAAUAUGUGAUGCCCACUAACGUCCAGAUGACUUCUGAGUCCACUGUUAGUGUCCUGAAGAUGAUCCGGUCUUCCACACCGUUCCCUCUGGUCAGCCUCUUCUUCAUGUUCAUUGGUUUUGUACUCAGUAACAUCGGACACAUCCGACCACACCGCACCAUCCUGGCCUUUGUUUCUGGAAUCUUCUUUAUCCUGUCAGGUCUCUCUCUUGUGGUUGGUCUCGUGUUGUACAUCUCCAACAUUAAUGAUGAAAUGCUGAACAGAACCAAAACUAAUGAUGCCUAUUUCAGCUACAAGUAUGGCUGGUCAUUUGCCUUUGCGGCCAUCUCCUUCCUGCUCACUGAGGCAGCAGGUGUCAUGUCGGUGUACCUGUUCAUGAAGCGCUACACAGCAGAGGAAAUGUACCGGCCCCAUCAGGGCUUCUACCGGCCUCGCCUCAGCAACUGCUCCGAUUACUCCGGCCAGUUCCUCCAUCCCGAUGCCUGGGCCGGACGCGGUCGCAGCGCCUCCUCCAUCUCCUCUGAGGCCUCGCUCCAGAUGAAUGCUCCCAACUACCCUGCUCUCCUCAAGUGCCCAGUGUAUGAACAAAUGUCCUCCUCACCUUGCUGAGGAAGAAAAUGUUUUGUGAGAAAGUUCAUUUUUAUCUAUCUGGAUUUUGGAGUAAAAUUGCUAAUUUGAUAUUAUCCAGCUUGAAUCGCUCCCCUCUUCUCUCUACCCUCCUCACUGCCGAUUUCUUUGUUUGCACUUUUUGCUUCUGGGGGGACUAAACUUAAGUUGAGGGUUAGCUGGUUCACUUUAUUCUCAGCCCAGUCUUGUUUCAGGGACAGCUGUUAGAAGAGGAGAGGGUUUGACCAGGUUGUACUUUAAUCUGCUUUUUCUCUAGUUUGUAGUGAUAUGUGACUAACAACCUGCUGAACUAGCAAAGCUCAGGUCUUUUGAAAGGAGUAACUUGAGUAGGUAAGUAGUAAGUUCACUAUUUGCUUGUACCGCCACAAUCCUAAGAGCUUUUUGACAGGAUUACACGCUGCACAUCUGCAGACAUGGAGCGUUUAGAACUGGAUCGGCAACUAUAAGUGCAAUGGAUUCAGAGUCUGCAGGAUUUUCAAAACCAAAUACUACAGCUUUUGCUUUUAGCCAGAAAGUGGAAUCUAAUCAGUGACAUCACCUCGGUGAAGGGAAAACUUGUUUAGAAUAAUAAAUCUUAGAGGGUGGUUCACAAAACAUUUUCUCAAUUUUCUCAUAAGAUCAUUGCACACAUUGUGCAUACUUUUCAUUUAUAAUAAAUUCAAAAUAAAAUUGCUCCUUUCUUCUACAAAUUGCGCAUGUGCACCAGCUGUGUCCGUGUGCACAAGCUGGCUUUUGUUAUGAUAUACUGUAGGUGUUCUCAGACACAUCACAACUGUUUCAGACAUGUUCAUGUGAAGUCCUGUGCUAGAACUCAGCUAGAGCUUAUGAAACACAUGAUGAAAAUGAAUUUCAACCAUACAAAUAGAUAAUUUUAACAUUUAACUAGGAUUACAGGCUGUGAGAGUUGUGUGAUUUUUAAACAAUUUGCAGAUCACACUGGCUUUCAGUUAACAGACAGAAGUACUGACAUUCCCCCUUUAGGUCCUUUGCUUAGUAGCCAUUAAUUGUUGUGUAGCCACGGGUGUUUAGGUAGUGACACCAAAGGAAAGGUUUGCAUUAUAGGCUGCGUGCCAAGCAUAUGAGAAACAUUCUUUUUGAAGGCCUAUAUCUAAUAUAUUAAUGGUUAUAUAUACUUUGAGUGUAUUAUUGUAUAUUCUUGUAAAGUAAAUCAAACAGCUAAAACAAAAAAAGUGCUUUAUUUGCUCUCAUAACCCAUUAUUAAGAACAAUACAGGACUGCUUUAUAUCAGACAAUACAGAUGUAAAUAAACCUUUUAUAUUCUCAGAGAACCUAUGAUUCCUGUUUACAGUGGUCUUCUUAGUUUGUCAUGCAAUUAAAGAAACAAAAGUCUAUUUAACCAACAUUUCAAAAGAAAACAAGCUGUACAUGGGCAACGCAGUUUGUGUUGAUCACAUUAGAGUUAUGAAAAUAAAAAUGUUACACAUUUAAAUACGAAGAGAAGGCUAAAGGGGAGAAGAUGGAGUUUGUGUGGAGGUGGAGAAUGUAAAUUAGUCAGGUGUUAUUAAAGACUAGUUUGGAAAAGAAUGGAGCCAUUGUAAAAAAAUCUAGAAGCAUAUUUUUCUAAUUUACCCCCUUUAAUGACAGAGUAUUCUUAGAUGUGUGAAAUACAAAUGUACUACAAUCCUUAGUGCGCCGAGGAAGAAGUUGUGUCCAGGUUAAGUGGCUUAAGGUUAAUUAUUGAAUAUAUACAUUUCAUGCAGCAUAAAGUGUGAGUAAACAUAAUACAGGGAAGCAUUUAGUCUUGUGCAAUCAUUUUAUGUUAGUUUGAUAUAUUAAUGCAAUUAUAAUUAUAUUAGUAUUUAUUGUUGCAUGGUGUGAACUCCACAUAUUGUUAAUGGCAUGCAGCAUUCCAUCACUGGACCGUGAUAUUCCACCUGCAGUACAUGUAAACAAAACAAACAGACAUGCAACUAAUAAACAAACUGUGCCAAGCUACGCUCACUGUGUUUUGGUUUAUAGAGCAGUUACAUUUUAUUUAUUUUAAACACUGUAAAUAGGAAAUCAUCCAUGUUGUGUACAUAAAUAAAUUUUUGUAUAGACGGAAGUACACGUAGCAAUAUGGUUGUUUUGUUGUUGGGUAGAUUGAUCUGCAUUAUAUCUGACAGCUGCUUUGCCUCCUGCAUCACAUUGAGAAUGGGAGCUUUUGCAUAAUGUUAUACUUACAUCAAUGCAAAUAAUUCAGAUGGUGUCAUUGUCAGACAUGAAAUGUCAAUCUGUGUAUUUUUACAAUCAGAGUAGUUUUCAUGAUGUUAAAUGUGCAAUGGAAUACAUGUACUCAAUGAAAUAAAGUUUAACGGGAUUUGAU